ACUCGAACCCCUCCAAAGGUGGAACCGUUUCCGUCACCUCCAGAGGAUUUAAAUAAUCAGACGAGCGAUGUGCAGAAUGUUAGCGUUUCUGACAACAAACUUCCACCAUUUGUUCCUCCCGUGGAGAUGCCAAACCUUUUGCCAAAUAAAGAAAAGAAGAUUUCAUUAGUUACUACCGCAUCCAUGUCAGUCGGUCACUCAGCAUUAAAUUUAACUUACACAAAAAUACCAGAUCAGAAAAUAGUUCAGAAUGUUUGUAAUCCUCCAAUUACUGUAACAACUGUAAAGCCUUUGGAAAAACAUUCUAUCAUGAGACACAACAUCAAGACUUUUGACUCUUCCACCAUCUCUGUCGUUAGACCCGUACCAAUAGUGGAAAAAGAAGUCAAACCUCAGAGAGCAAUAAUACAUCCCGAGAGGCAGGUGGUGCCGAAUUUCAUCGACUUCAUUCCUGACCAGAGGGAGAGACCUGCAGGUCUUGAUUUAGAAGAAUUUCUUCCUAAACACCUUCAAAAUUCAUUUCACCAUGGCGUACAGACCGAACACAAGAUGUCCGAGGCUGAGGCCAUGUCUGUUAUAAUUGGCGGACACCAAUCAAUGAUGACAGCAAUGACAUAUCGAAAGAAAAACUUGCAGAUAAUUCUUGCCCAGUGGAAAACCAAAGGCAUUAAAAAUGCCUUAGAAUCUGCCAUUCACUUGAACGAUUCAUCAAUACUGGUAGACAUUUUAAAUGUUGUGACUCUCAGGCCGUCCAUGUGGAACUUGGACAUGUGUCAGAUUUUACUUCCCGUGAUAUCGAAUUUACUGCAGAGUAAAUAUGAAGCGUGAGUAUGGAGUUUUUAAUUGU